UGACACUAGUCUUUUGCCACCCCGGUCCCUUGGCUAUCCUUCGCUCAUGCAUCCAUAUCCAAUUGGAGCUGCGAGGCCAUGGCUUGGGGUACCGUAUGCCACGCGCUGGCACUCCAGGCCGCCGAGGCCCUCGUGCAGGCGGCUCUUUCGGGCAGCGAAGCAGGACAUUGCUGCCCUACAGACUGCAAAGCAAGUUGCAGAACAGACACAGCACGCAGCAUUGGCCGAUGCAAUUGACCGACAGCUCCUGGCGAGAUGGUUGGCAGGGCAAGAGAAAGACCUGGACGAGUACGAGACCUUCUUUCGUGCAACUGAAUGCUCUGCAGACGGCUCUCAGCACACCUCGCACCCCCCUGACUUGCUAGAGGAAUGGUUGCAGCCUUUGGAGUCGGGUUCGGUGCAUUCUGAGAGGGACCUGGAUGAGCUACGUGCAGAAGCAGAGGGUGUUCACAUCUUCGACUUGAAGCGCGACAGAGCCAGCGAGGCCGCUGCCGCCCUGCGGCGCGAUGGUUUUGUGGCUUUGGCGGCACUGGGCCCUACAGUGCUGCGUCGGGCACGGCGUUUGAGCGCAGCGCUGCUGCGGCGCGUGGCGCGGGCGGAGCCCCGGGGCAACCGUGGUGAGAGACGGUACAGCCUGGGGCGGACAACCAUGGUCCCAGGCACCCUGGAACUGGCCACUUGCCCGGCAGUUUGCCAAGUCCUGGAGUCCUUUUGGGGCACCAAGUCCUUCCGUGUGCAGUGCACUGGGGGUGAUGCUUCGCUUCCUGGCGCCCAGCAACAGGAUCUUCAUGCGGAUGUUCCGGUCAAGGAGGUGGCCGAUCAGCUCUACAACUACUACGACCCUGAGCAGCCUGACAGAAAAUUCAUGGAACUGCCUACACCUGUGGUGAAGGUCUACUUUGCGAUGGUUGAUAUGGACCGCAAAGUUGGCCCCCCUCGAUUCGUCCCUGGCACGCAUGAGCUGACGGCCAAACAGGACAUCCAUGAGGCUCUUUUGGAGUGAGAGACGUGCCACCGCCAGAUCAAGAACCUCCCAGCACCCACUUGGUUUGCCCCGCUGGGACUGCCAUUAUCAUGGACAUGCGAGUUUGGCAUGGCGGUACCGAGAACAACUCUAAAACUGCUCGUCCAAUGCUAUCAGUACACUACUCAGGGCCAAGCUACAGCGAGGAUGUUCUGAAGGAUGGCGGCAGCAUCCCAUUUUUUGGUACCUGCUAUUGGACUUAUCACCGAGGUGCCUUGCAGCCAGAGAGCUUCGAGUGUCUUUCAGAAAGUGGGAAGUCUUUGUGCAAGAACUUGGUCUCAAGCCUGAAAGUGAGCUGUUCCAAGUGCCACAUGAGCCACUUGUCUGCGGGGCGAAGCGCCCUUCGCAGCAUCGGUCCUCCAUCAGGGCCGUGGUUGUGCUUAAACUGCUGGGCAGCUCAGAAGUCAAGUAUCAUGAGGUGAGCAUGGGACCAGAGAUGUGUAUUUAUGAAGCUUCCACGAAAGCUGCAAAGAGAGAAGUGAGAAGUGUGUCUCAAACCUCGGCAUUCAAACAUCUUACGAAGAGACGUGAUUGAAAGUCCCAAUCCGGCAGAAGAUAAUGGCAGUUGGCCUCAAUGCCAGCUGCCAUGCCUCCUUGCUAGACAUCAUGGAGGACUCGCAAUGGACUAGAGCCGAUGCAAAAUGCCAUCAACUGACCAGGGUUUGAGGCCUUGAGCCCUACGUGCACAAUGAAUAUGUCAAAAUGAGCAGACCUGUGUCAAUGUACGCAGGAACAGUUUGGUGGCCAGAUUUGAAUUGCUGCUCAAAAGUUCGGCAGUCACUCUGGCAGAGCAGGUGCCUUUAUAUACUCCCCUCAACAACUUUGUUGGGGCAGUCCGCCCAUCGUGAGAGCGACG